AUGUCAAACUUAUUUGAACGUGCUUCCAACAAGCUUUCCUUCAGCAAGAAGGGAGAAGAGAAGCCCAUAAGUAAUAACUACAACAAUAAUGCUGCAGAAAGUUUGGAUAUCUUGCUGGUAUCAGGAAAUCUGACGCUGCUGCUGUCCCCCGCUGAGAAGCGAAAUUCCCCCCACCUUAUGCAAAGAAAGUUAGAGCUGAGACAUGUUCAAUUAAUUGCAAUCGGUGGUUCUAUCGGUACAGGUCUUUUCGUUACUAUUGGGUCCUCCUUGAUUAAAGGAGGUCCUUUAGGAUUAUUAUUGGCAUAUACCUUCUGGACGUCUAUUAUUUUACUAUUAACCACGGCGGUGGGUGAAAUGGUUUCAUUCUUACCCGUAGCCUCACCGUUCGUUACCAUGGCCGGUAGAGUGGUGGAUGAAGCUUUUGAAUGCUGUGCUGGGUACAACUUUUUCAUUAUGGAAGCAUUGUAUAUUCCAUUUGAAAUCACUGCGGUUAACGGGAUGAUCCAUUUCUGGAGAGACGACUAUUCACCAGCUAUCACUUUAUGUAUCCAAAUUGCCAUCUAUGCAUUAAUUAACCUUUUUGCUGUUAGAUUAUACGGAGAGCUGGAAUUUUGGCUUUCAAUUGGAAAGUUAAUUUUAUGUAUCGGUUUGCUAUUCUUCACCUUGGUUACAAUGUGUGGUGGUAACCCUCAGCACGAUGCCUUUGGGUUCAGAAAUUGGCAUGUUGCAGGUGGACCAAUGGGGGAAUAUAUAACAACUGGUAGUUUGGGUAAAUUUCAAGGGUUUUUGGGUGCAUUAUUAUCAAGUGCUUUCACCAUCGUUGGACCUGAAUACAUGUCUAUGGUUUCCGCUGAGGCCAAAAAUCCAAGAAAAACUAUGCCAACUGCCUUCAAGACCGUGUUGUAUCGUUUGUCAUUAUUUUACAUUGGAGGUGCUUUGUCAGUUUCGAUCUUGAUUGCUUACAAUGACCCCAAGUUCAUCGCCCUUUCAGCAGAUUCCUCAAAUGCUGCAUCUUCUCCUUAUGUUGUUGCUAUGGAAAACUUGGGUAUCAAGGCUCUUCCAGAUAUUGUUAAUGCUCUUGUUUUAACUUCGGCAUUUUCCGCCGGUAAUUCUUAUACUUAUUGUUCGUCAAGAGCAUUAUAUGGCUUGGCUGAAAGAGGUUUUGCUCCACCAUUUUUUAAGUAUUUGACCAAGAAUGGUGUUCCACUUUACUGUGUUGGUGUUUCUAUCGCUUUUUCUAUGCUUUCAUUGAUGCAAUUAGGUUCACUGGGAGCUACAGUAUUAAACUAUAUGGUUAGUUUAUGUACUGGUUCUCAGUUAUUGAACUAUGGAUUUAUGUGUAUUACUUACAUAAGAUUCUAUCAGGCAUGCAACGCUCAAGGUUUAGAUAGAACUACAUUCCCUUACACCUCGUAUUUCCAGCCAUACUCCAUUUACAUUGCUACCUUCUUUAUUUGGAUUAUGAUUGGAAUCUUAGGUUACACCGUGUUUAUGCCAGGUAACUGGGCCGUUGAUACCUUCUUAUUCAACUAUGUCAUGAUUUUCGUAUGUAUAGCUAUUUUCAUAUUCUGGAAGUUGUUCAGAAAGACUAAGUUUGUCAGUUCAAAAGACGCAGAUUUAUUCACUGGAAUUGAAGAAAUUGAAGAGCACGAAUAUGAAUAUUAUGCUCAGCUAGAAUCUGAACAUAAAUCCGAGAAAGGAUGGUUCAAAACAGCGCUCCACUGGUUAUUUUAG